ACCGCAGGCCCGUGAAAUAUCACAUUUAUUUUGUCUGCCUCGGUGCUAGAAAUUCACGCAAGGCCGUCAGUAUUUGAAGUAGAGUCAAUCCAGAAAAAGUCAAAGUCAUCACAGUGGGUUUGCAACUAUCUUUCAUGAACAACAAUUGGUAAGAUCCUCAAGGAUGACCGCACUGCUCACGCGACGCAGACUUCGUGACUGAUCACAAACGUUGGACAACUGCCUUUAGCGUGUUGCAGAUUCUGUAGUGUAGCUAACGCAUCAGGAGUGCGCGACAGAGUCAGAGGUGGACCGCAGAAUUAUGGCAAACGCAACGCAUCGUGGCGCACAUACUGCCCAGGAGGUGAUGUAGCAGUGGUCAGGCCUCUAAUGCAAUUCCAGUGACGAGAAAUCACAAAAAACUACGACGUCGAUGGCGAUUUAGAGUUUCCAUUCCAUUCGACGCACGAGAAGCGCUCGCGACGGGGCCCAUAACGGGCGCUAAAACAAAAAAGCAACGGCGACUGCUUUUUCUGCGUGCGGAGAAAAGAGGGUGCACAAACUGUGAACAAGAGCAUCGCCCUAAGAGAAAAGACGAAAAGAGUCGCAAAGGCCAAAGCCUCGUUGGCUCUCAGCGUUAGAUUGUGGGACGCAAGUCCUGAAUCAAGAAAUAUAGCUCUCUGACGGCCUUCCUUUGAGCUGCAGUCGAGAAGAGCUGCAGCUAACACGUGUGGCGUCUUCACGAUCCGGAACUUCAAAGUCGAAAAACGGGGACCGGGGCCGCGUAGGACACCAGAGACGCAACAAAAUAAAGAUAAGAGAACUACAAUUUCUGCAGUUUCUUCGGAAAGACCUCAUCUGCGACGAAAAGACGCAAAUUCCAUAUCAAGCACAAGUUACUUAGAUCAACAUCUACCUCCAGUAGCACUGAAAUCCGUAAACUUGUACCUUGGCCAUCUUGCACAACGAUUACAUUCGCUAUCGUUUCUGGUCAAGCAGUAGCAGACAGGGUACGUAGACUAAGAAAAAAUGGACGAUCUUGCCGGAGAGCAACAUAGCGACAAGCCUUAUGACGAGGCAAUUGACGUCAGUGGUGACGAUGCGUCGACCCCAAAUAGCAGUCCACGGCAGAACCAGAAGCCACUUUACGACGUGCCAACACACGCAAGUCCUAGUCCAAAGGGGAAGCCGGAGGUAUCUAUUUUUUACAGUUUCUGGUGACCUCACUGUACAAGAAUCUUAUUAAUAUUUAUAAUUAAUUGAUCGUGCCCUGUUUUUGAUUGAUCUGUAUCGGUUCUUUGAGUCAGUGGGUUGUAAAGGUAUCGAAGAUGAGGUGUCCCAGACAGGAGAUGGCGGUGGUGCAAAGAUAUAUUUUUGAGAUUCUCUCCUGCCUACGCCGAGUUCUCCGACUUCGAACAAAUAUCAGUAUAGUUGUGAAAAUAUGUGGAAGAAGAUGAGACCACGAUGAUAGGGUUUUAUUUCUAGGUAGGGUUCAACAAAAGCUGCUGAUCCAACACGCACAACAACAUUCAGCCAUUGCAACAUUCCGUGAGCAAAAGCGUGAACUGCUCACCUGGUGGAAAAAGCACGCCAAGUAAGAGCAGCCCAGAAGCACUUCCAAAAGCGAAGAUAUCGGCAUCUCAGAAUGAGGACAAGGUACUGUAUUCUAAUUAGCGUUGCACCAUCAAUGCAGAUUAUGUAAAUGUAUGAGUAUCUCUCUUCUUAGCGACUGAUUUUUUUGUACGACAGGAAGAUGAUGACAGAUUAUGAAUAUAUACCAAACAGAAUUAUACGAGUUCUUGCGCUAGAGGGAUUCCGAGCGCACAUAUCUAGUGCAGUGAUCAUGUGAUGUGGGUUCAUUUCUUCUUUCGCCAAGACUGACACAGAUAGCCUUAGAAAAACGUCUCAGGAUUCUUCAUCGUCGGACGCGAGUUCGACGUCUUCCUCGGAGGACGAAGAGACGCUAGUGGCUGGCCAGUACAAUCCUGCGGAUUAUGCACAUUUGAAAGUGUCUCCGGAGAUAAAAGAGCUGUUUCAGUAUAUCACACGGUAUAAGCCUCAUGCGAUCGAGCUAGACACGAAACUGAAGGCCUUCAUACCAGAUUUCAUACCCUCAAUCGGUGAGGUUGACGCCAUGAUAAAGAUUCCAAGGCCUGACGGGAAAGCGGAUGGGUACUAAUUGCUGGAUACAGUUCAAAUAAAAUCUAGAUCUUCAUGACAAUGUUAGAUUCAUCUUUUACACUCUUAGUCUUAUUUGUGAACAAGAACAAUCAGAAUCGCCACUCAAGAAGAUAGAUGAGCUUAGUCUAGGGGUACACUACCACAAGUAGAACGUAGCUAGUACUACUUCUUGUUCCAUGAACAAGGUUGGGCUUAACACGACUCGAUGAGCCUUGCCUGAAUCCAUCCGACCCGACGGUACUAGAGUUGCAGCUUAGAUCAAUAUCGAAGCAUCAGAACCUCCCACAAGCUGAAGUGCGGUCCGUCCGUACAGAUGCCGAAAUCAAACAGUGGAUUUCCAGGAUAGGAGACUUGCACCGAAGUAAACCGGCAACAGCGGUAGUAGAUCUGUCGAGUCGACACUACGAAUAUUUUCAAUUGUGCUUGUAGUUGUAAGCGUUGUACUACUAGACAUAUGAAUUACAGUAGGUGAACAAGGGCAAGCACUAGCACCAGAAACCAAGCCAUGAUAAACACUUACUUGUGCCUUGUUCAACACUUGAAUGUUUCUGUCUUAUUUACGUUAAUAGCUACAGAGUAACCUUCUCCCAUAACAGGAAUUCGUGGCUUUUCCCCUUAACAUAGUCAGAGGCUGUGCUGCAAAUCUUGACUGGCUUUUGCCCGUAAAACGGCGAAGGUUUAGGUCCAGCGACGCUCAAAGCGCCGGCUUGUUUUUCUCUUUCUAUCUUUAUGCUAUCCCUUCUUGCAAAACACAAUAGCUAUAGAGCUGCUCCUGGCACGCUGGUCCUGGAACCGGGGAAAGUAGUGGAAUGAAUUAACACGCAGGUCCAUUACUCGAAGAAGAUGCCUGACAUAGAAAAUUUGAUGCAAGUUUGGCCGGCGGAGAUGGAGCAGUACCUAGAAGACAACGUGGUGGGUCUUCAGCUAGCCGCAUUGGAUCACAAAAGCUUGAGCCUCAAGGAUUAUGUAAAGGUACUUACAUACAAACACGACUACCUAAAAAAUAGAUUUAGUUUCUGGACUACUUCUACUUACAACUGUAGUAUUGGUAUUUGACUCUGAUGACUCCAAAGAGUAGACCGAGGCUAACGGAGAGGCGUGGAUUUCAGUUUUUUUAUGCUCAAAUUCAUCUCAGGUAAUCUGUGUCCUUUUGGACAUUCCGGUGCAUGAGGGAAGCCUAACAGAUAGCCUGCAUGUUCUUUUUUCUCUCUAUUCCGAAUUCAAGAACAACCAGCACUUUGGCGGACAGUUAGGGUAAUACUUCAUCUCUACAAAUAAUUUAUUGACCUUAUUAAUUUCGUAACUUUGUAGUUCUUUUUGGGAUUGGGUUUUGAGCGUCGCAUCAUAUCAUGUUGCUUGGUCAACGUCAACAUUCAAGUCUGUCCUUGAAUGGAAAAUAUAUACCACCCUCAGGCCGCUGGGGGCUGACCCUAUGGGCCGGCCUCUGAGUGCUGGAGCUAGUGGCGGUCUUCCAAGCGGAGGGCGGGCGGGGACACCGGUAUGACGAAUAACGGACAUGCUUGCCACCUUUCUGAACUUGCGAUGUUCGAUACCGAAUUUCUAUACUACGAAUACUUAAACGACUAUCUAGUGCGAGCAGCGACAGCGCCACGAGGACUUGUGUUGUAAAUUUUCAAGCACGAGCACACUUCUUGAUAUUCUUCUAUUGUUUGGUUUUUGUCUACCCCCCAGGUUAGCCAUCGUCCCCUGUUUACUUAAUUAAACACCAUUGUCACGCAUAUUGAGUCAUCUUCAUGCAUUCAGCAAUUCACCGAAUUCGAUAUUGAAGAUAGGUAAAAGCAUAUUCGCUGAUUUCUGUCGAAACCUUUUUAACCUGCGAAUCAAGCGUGAUGAGUACUUCUGUAGUAAAGCGGCGCUGAAUAACUUCUGAGGUUUGGACUUCUUUCAUUCUUUCGUAACGAAUCAAUUUUGGCUUCUUGAUCGAUCUUGUGCUAGAUCGUAGUGUGCGUGUCCAAACUACAUCUAGAAGUGAUGACUAAGCAGUCAAUCCAACAACACCAUGACGACAAGCGGGAAAUCGAAACUACUGGCGCGGGAGUGAACAAGUAUUAAGGUAUGACUUCCUUAUAAUGCUUGAGGUGGAAUUCAUUGCCGCCCUGCUGAGUGACGUUUUGUG